AUGGAUAUGCUCAAGAAGGUUACCGACAAGGCUCAGGGCAAUGCAGGCCAGCAGUCCAUUGCUCAGAAGGAAGACUAUGGUGACAAAGCCUUCAACUACGUCGAUAAUAAAUACAUGGGCAACAAGCUCGACGACUCAAAGACCGAGGGCUACACCGACAAGAUUCGCGAAACCUUCGAGAAGCAAACUGGCAAGAACGUACCGGACAAGGUCUCAAACUAG